AAGCCUCUGCUCCGUCAGACAUGCGCAGGAGCGUCAGGAGCAGCAGCAGCAGCAACACCGCCACCGCGCUGCGUUUCCGCCUUGGCUGAGCGCGGCGCACAGAGCCGAGAGGGGAGGGGAGGGGAGCCGAGAAGAAGAAGAAGAGGAGCGCAGCCGCCGCCGCGACGCAGUGUGGCACAGCACCGACUCCCGAGCAAAUCACACCGACGCGCCAACAUCCGAGCAGCGCCUCUCCACAAUUUUCACACGCGAAAGAGAAGAGAAAAGAAAAGAAAAUAAAAGAAAAAGACGCGAUCUCGUGCGCAGCGCGCGCCACAGCCUUCCAGCAUGGGGACUGCGCUAAAUAACAAUCACUUCAAUGUGAGAUCUACACGGGAAAUCAGCGCUUGAGUGUGUGUGUGUGUACGCGCGUGUGCGUGCGUGCGCGCGUGUGUGUGUGCGUGUUAGGGAGAAAGUGGCUAUCCCCUGUAUCUUUUGCGGGCGAUCUCGAUCCUGUGCUCUGCGGGUGUGAAGAUGAAGAAGUUCAACAUCAGGAAGGUGCUGGACGGCUUGAAGGAGGUCUCGUCCUCCACCCCGUCCGUCCAAGUGGGGCCACAGGAGAACCAUCUGAUCCACGAGACCCUCCAGUCCGAGCAUUUCCAGCUCUGCAAGACCGUCCGUCAUGGCUUCCCCUACCAGCCCUCGUCCAUGGCUUUCGACCCUGUGCAGAAGAUACUGGCCAUCGGCACCCAGAGCGGAGCUCUCAGACUGUUUGGCCGUCCGGGCGUGGAGUGUUACUGUCAGCAUGAGAGUGGAGCGGCUGUCAUCCAGCUACAGUUUCUCAUCAAUGAGGGCGCGCUGGUGAGUGCUCUGGCUGACGACAGCGUUCACCUGUGGAACCUCAGGCAGAAGAGGCCGGCCAUCCUCCACUCCCUCAAGUUCAGCAAGGAGAGAAUAACGUUCUGCCACCUGCCCUUCCAGAGCAAAUGGUUGUACAUCGGCACAGAACGAGGGAACAUCCACGUCGUCAACGUGGAGUCCUUCAUGCUCUCAGGCUACGUCAUCAUGUGGAACAAAGCCAUUGAACUGUCCUCCAAGGCUCACCCUGGACCAGUUGUGCAUAUAAGUGACAACCCCAUCGACGAGGGAAAGCUCAUAAUUGGAUUUGAGUCCGGGAUCGUGGUCCUAUGGGAUCUGAAAUCCAAGAAGGCUGACUAUCGCUACACUUACGAUGAGGCGAUCCACUCAGUUGCCUGGCAUCACGAGGGCAAGCAGUUCAUUUGCAGUCACUCGGAUGGAACUCUGACAAUAUGGAACAUCCGAGGCCAAGGCAAGCCCAUACAGACAAUCACCCCACAUGGAAAACAGCCCAAGGACGGGAAGAAGCCGGAGCCCUGUAAACCCAUCCUCAAAGUGGAGUACAAAACCACUAGAAACGGGGAGCCCUUCAUAAUCCUGUCUGGUGGUUUGUCCUACGACACGGUAGGACGGCGUCCAUGUCUGACGGUAAUGCAUGGGAAGAGCACGGCUGUGCUGGAGAUGGACUAUCCCAUAGUGGACUUCCUCACACUCUGUGAGACGCCAUACGCCAACGAUUUCCAGGAACCGUACGCUGUGGUGGUCCUUCUAGAAAAGGAUUUAGUGGUGAUCGACCUUGCACAAAAUGGUUACCCCAUAUUCGAGAACCCCUAUCCUCUGACUAUCCACGAGUCCCCUGUGACCUGCUGCGAGUACGUCGCCGACUGCCCCGCGGACCUCAUACCUGCACUUUACUCCGUUGGCUCGCGGCAGAAACGACAGGGCUACAGCAAAAAGGAAUGGCCCAUUAGUGGUGGAAACUGGGGUCAAGGCACACAGAGCUACCCAGAGAUCAUCCUCACUGGGCAUGCUGAUGGAACUGUGAAGUUCUGGGAUGCCUCUGCAAUAAUGCUCCAGGUGCUCUAUAAACUCAAAACAGCCAAGGUGUUUGACAGAAACCGGUCAAAGGAGGACAAGGGCAGCACCGAGGCAUCAGACGAAGACCCCUUUGCCAUUCAGAUCAUGGCCUGGUGCCCCGAAAGCCGGAUGCUGUGUGUGGCCGGAGUUUCCGCCAACGUCAUCAUCUACCGCUUCAGCAAACUGGAAGUAACUACUGAGGUGGUGCAGCUGCUGGAGGUGCGAAUGCAGUACGAGCUCAACGACAUCGAGUCUCCGGACGGAGGGUGCGGGGGUGGGGAGCAGACCCCGGCGCUCCCCACCCCCGGCGCCUCCCCUCAGACGAGCGGCCCGCCGUCACACCCCUCCACCAGCAGCAGCAACUCCGACGGAGGCAACAUGCCCUGCCUCAAAGUGCGCAGCACCCCUCUGAAGCAGUCUGCAGGUUUCCAGGUGGAUCUGGUGGUGCAGCUGGUGUGGGUGAGUGGGGAGCCCCCGCAGCAGAUCACCAGCCUGGCGGUGAACUCCUCCUACGGCCUUGUGGUGUUUGGCAACAGUAAUGGUCUGGCGGUGGUGGACUACGUCCAGAAGACGGUGGUGCUCAACUUGGGGACGGUGGAGCUGUACGGCUCCAAUGACCCGUACCAGAGACAGCCCCGCUCACCAAGAAAGACACGACAGCCCUCUGGAGGUCUGUGUGACAUUAACGAGGGUUCAGCCACAUCAGAGGACCGCUGCAAGUCCCCCACUUCAGUGUUGAUGACAAACAGCAAUCUACAGCAAUUCUACAAUGGAGGUGGUAGAGGAGCAAAGAUGUCACGGAAAUUAAGCUUGCCUACUGAGCUAAAGCCAGACUUGGUCCUCCUGUCUGUAUGCCCGCCGCGGGGUGCCAACCCAUUAGACCACCGGGACAAUUCCUUCAGCCGCUCACGCUCCUCCAGCGUCACCAGUAUCGACAAGGAAGCGCGGGAGGCCAUCAGCUCCUUCCACUUUAGUGAGGCCUUUGCCCGGAAGGGGGACAGCGCUUUGACGCCCUGCCUGUAUGUGGGCACCACGCUGGGCACGGUGCUCGCUCUGGCCAUCACAUUGCCCCCUGCUGGGGAGCAACGGCAGCUGCAGCCAGUUAUCAUUUCACCAACAGGCAUGCUGGUGCGGCUGAAGGGCAGCGUCAUGCGGAUGGCCUUCCUGGAUUCCACAGGCUCCAUGGUGCCCCCCGCCUACGAGCCUUGGUUUGAGCCCAACGUCACCGCAGACGGUGAGGAAAGGGAGAAGGUCCGUAAGCGCCGGCCCGUCUCGGUGUCCCCUUCCACCUCCCAGGACCUGAACGAGAGCCAGUACGCCGUGGUGUGUUCGGAGAAACAGGCCAAGGUCAUCUCGCUCCCCUCCCAGACCGCCAUCUCCAAAGCGAGUAUCACAGAGACCUCCUUCAUCCUGCGGGCAGAUGUGGUGCAGAUGAGCCAUGGCGCCAGUCUGGCGUGUUUCUGCGCCAAUGGCCACAUCAUGACCCUCAGUGUGCCGGGACUGAGGCCGCUCAUGGAUGUGAACUACCUGCCUUUGACGGACAUGCGGAUAGCAAGGACGUUCUGCUUCACCAACCUCGGUCAGGCCAUGUACCUCUGCUCCCCCACUGAGGUCCAGAGGCUCACCUACAGCCAGGACACCUGUGAAAACCUGCAGGAGAUGCUGGGAGAACUUUUUACACCCGUGGAGACACCAGAGGCCCCCAACAGAGGGUUCUUCAAAGGCCUCUUUGGGGGAGGAUCACAGUCACUGGACAGAGAGGAUCUCUUUGGUGAGACGUCCUCCGGGAAGGCGUCCCGCAGUCUGGCCCAGCACAUCCCAGGCCCGGGCGGCCUAGAGGGCAUGAAAGGGGCAGCGUCUGGUAUCGUCGGAGAUCUGGCACGCGCCCGAAUAGCGCUGGACGAAAGAGGCCAGAAACUGGGCGAGCUGGAUGAGAGGACAGCUGCCAUGAUGGCCAGCGCCGACUCCUUCUCCAAACACGCCCAUGAGAUGAUGCUGAAGUGUAAAGACAAAAAGUGGUACCAGUUCUGAUCAGUGACGGCGGAGGAGCGGAGCUCCGUGGACACAACUGUCACCUUCCAUCGGCUCGUUUGGAAUCACUUCACCCCGACCCCCCACCCCCCCCGACCCCCCCCCGACCCCUCCCUCCACAUCCGUCUGUCCAUUGAUUCAGAUCCCUCCGAGCCUUCUUCACUGGGACACUUGGGAUGUUCUUCCCUAGCACAAUGUUGAACACUGUUCUUACCUCAGUCCAAGGGUGGAACUGAGGGGGGUGGAGGACAGUGGCAGAAGGACAACCUCAGAGGGAGCAAACAAAUGGUGUCUUCUUUUAUUAUGUUUUUGUUUCUUUGUUUAUCUGUGUGUUCAGCUGCUCCUCCGAGGCAGUCGAUUGGCCCACGCACCUUGAGAUUCGCCAUUCUCACAUGCCAAAAUGUCCUUUAUUGUUGUCUCCACUCCAAAGCCCAUCGGGGCCAGUAUUCAAAUCGGAGAACAUAGCUGAAAAAAAAAAAAAAAAAGACACUUAAUGGAGAAAACAGACUACUAAAAAUUCUAAAAAAUGUAAAAAAGAAGGAAAAAGAAUCUAAAUACAUCAUUAUAUAUACAUAAACCGUGUAAGUGUGCAACGCCGUAUCCACUUCAGAGUGUACAAAAGGAAGGAAUAACGCAUCGAGGAGUACGGGAGCAGGGUGCGAAGGCCUGAAGAGAAGACAGUGGCGUGGGAGAGCCACAGGAAGUGCUGUGACAGUGACGCCUCCUCUAUGCAGAGAGUCGGGGGGAUAAAAGCAACCUUUUUUGAUGUAACAUUGGAUAUCUCGUCAUCUCGCUCAACCUCUAGACUCUCCUCUGUAUCUUACAGACGUUCAUGUCGUUACCGACAGUGUGUGUGUGUGUGUGUGUGUGUGUGUGUGUGUGUGUGUGUGUGUGUGUGCGUGUGUGUGCGUGCGUUCAUUUCUAUUAUCUCGCCAUUCCUCUAUUUGUUAUUCGUUGGAUUUUUUGCUCUGUCUGUAUUAUUGGAAAAUCUCUUAUUUUUAUAUUGUGGUGAAAGUGGAUGACGUUUGAUUUGUGGAAAAAAAAUAUGUUUUGUGGCUUAUAUCUAACAACUCAACUAAUUUCUCCUUAUGAAAAGGGCUGGAAUCUAAAAAAGGAGGGCAAGGAUAUAAAAGGCAUAUAUCAUUUAACACAUCGCUGACACGGCGACAUCAGCUUUCUGGACUCUGGAAUCUUACAGCGAAUGCGUACGAAACGCAUUCACUGUUCACCUGAGAAUUUCACCUGUUGGCCUGAUGUGAACCGCCUCCAUCUCCCUCCAAAGUCGUACGCUUCCACGGGUUUGGCUCAGUCUGUGAGUGUGUCUGUAAAAAAUGCUGACGAGAUCAGAGUUAAAUACACUGAUCGCGUAACCAGCUUUGGUGGAGUUUGCAAAUUCUUGGAUGAAUAUUGGCAAUUUCAUGUACACUGGUAUCCCCUAUGUAUGUGUAUGCAUACAUGCAGGAUAACAGAAAUACUGACGUGUCAUCCUUUGAAGGCAUCACUUUAAAACAUGUUUCAGGUUUUGCUGACACUUGUGAAAGUUGUUAAUUCUUUGUUGAUAUUUAUUUAUUGAGGUGAAAGAGACGGUUGCGUUUGGUGUCAGAAACGUUCACCAUAAUUAUCUCGUUUCUAUUUCCGUGUUUGCAGUAAAGCGCAAAUGUGCUGUAUCUCUCUGUCUACCAGGCUUUUAACCUUUAUUUGUAUAUAAGUAAAUAGUUUGACAAUCUAAGACCAACGGGAAAGUAAAUGUUGAGGUUGCCGAAGCAACAGAAGAGGAGAGAGGCCAUAUUUUUCUGACGCCAAAGAGUUGCUUUGUUUUUCUCAUUGCAUUGUCAUCCGGCUUGUCAUUCCACCCGCCAGUGAUACAGCGGAGUGCAGACCCAGGAUCAGGUCCGUUUAGGAAUGUUGUCAUUUCCCGGGCUUCAAUAAAUGGAGCUAGUUAGAUGCAACUCGGACAUCUGGGCUGAUGUUUGAUGUUUGAAGAGGCCCAACUGUUGCUCUCUGAGGCUGUUUUCCAUAAAACAAACAAAAAAAAAACUGAACCAUUCCACUGAGACACAGUAUUGACAGUAUUCACCUGCGUGUUUAGGAAUGUGUGUGUGUGUGUGUGUGUGUGUGAGUGUGUGUGCGUGCGCAUUCAGUGUUACAAAUCAAGAUUUAUGUUCAACCGUCAACGUCGAUGUCCUGGUCUCACCAAGGACAGUCUGUGUCCAGUUGGGUGUCCGUCACACAGCGACUAAAGCCACCGUUGAAGAUGAAAAAGAUAACAACAGGAUACUGAGCAUAAGAGGAUGACCUCUGAGAUCUCCUUUCGUUUAUCUUCCGCAUGUUUGGUCUCUGCACACAUGCUUGGACUCUCAUUCACUUCGGUCUUUGCCUUUUCUCGCUUCCUCCAGUGAGUCGUCUACCGACUCUUGGCAAAUAUGGCCUUCUUUGUGUUUAGUAAGCAUUGUAGUGUGGAUGUUGGUAGGUAGCUCUGUCUUUUACCCCCUAGGGUGAGAAGGGGGGGGGGGGGGGGAGAGAAACAGCUUCAGGAAAAAAUAACUAGUUUUAGCUAGAGGUCAUCCCCGAACACCUGUUCAACGUCUUUCCCUCCCUCCCAACUGUUAUUUGUGUGUUACAGUUUGUUUCUCUUUCUGUCAAUGUUACAUCUUUGAGUGAGUGGUUUCUUUUCCAUUACAGUAUGCAGUAUUCUAACCCAAUACAAUCCAAACACGCAGCACGAGGGAGUCCUGUCUAUCUGCCAUAUGCCAUCUUCUGUCCCGGAUUGAACAGUUAUCAGUGGGUUGCAGUAUUUUUCUCAUUGUAGCCAAUUUUCUUGUACAGUUUUAUGCAACUUUCACAUGGAUGUUAAUGACUUUAUCUGCUGCCACAAAAAUUUAGAAUUUCUGUAGAUAGAUGAUUACUGUGCAAUGGAAAAUAAAAGUGAAAAAAUGUA